AAUGUCUUCGACGACGACGCCGACACACCAAAUGACUCUGGGGGAACUUGUUGAAGACCUUUCCAAAAGAUAUCAUGAUCACUUUCCUACGGAAUCCAGAAGAAAAUCCGAUACAUUGGUACGCUGCACGACAUGCCGGAAGCGGAUACCAUCCCGCAAAAUGGGAAAACAUAUUCUAUCAAAACAUCCCCAGCAGAAUGAAAACCCAGCACCCUCGUCACAAUCUCAAUGACGGUGUCACGAAUUUAGCUAACGGUUUCAUUGUUGGGGGAUUUCAUUGCCGAUGUU